AUGGUGAAAUUCAGAGAUUGGGAUGACUUUUGUGUAAAAGCUUGGGAAUUAGCUAGUACCGAUGGAGGAAGUGCACGAUGGUCAAUUAAAUUGAGCCCAUCCAAAGGAGUACUAAAAGUUAAAGUCACAAAUAGCUCGAAGACGUACAUAUACCAAUUGCAAGAUGUAGAAGCAGAGUUUAAUAAGGUUAAGCAGUUUUCUUUGAGUAUGUCCAGAAUUCUUACCAGAUUUGAAGAGAGAGGAAAAGCCAAAAAGAAGCCGAGAACUAGAGCGUAA